ACGCCGCCAGGGGAAUAUGCUAAAUAUAUAUAUAUUACAUUUGAUAUAUAUAUAUUACAUACGCCAACACUUUUUUCUUACAACUAAACAGCAUUUUUCAAUUUCUCAAUGAAGUAACUGAAUAAGGAGUGACCCGCGGGGGAGUGAAUUGGCCGUGACUUUUCGCAGAGGAGAAAGCUGUUACCAACAAAGCAAUUGCUGCUGUGUCUACGGUGUUUAGCGGAUCACAACGGGGAUUUUUAAGAGCAUGCAUUUAUUUACGUAUGUUGCAUCGGAAAUAAAUCCCGCCGAUAAGAUGGACCUGAAACUACUUCUGAUUUCAACGUUGUUAGGAGUCAUUUGUUACAGCAGUGCUCAGCAAGAAGGGAACGAGUGCAUCAAGGCUAAUGCUAAAUCCUGUGGGGAGUGUAUUCAAGUGGGAACGAAAUGUGGCUGGUGCAUGGACCCAGGGUUCCUGAAGCAGGGUGAGGCCACAUCGACCCGCUGUGACGAGCUGGAGUCCCUGAGGAAGAGAGGUUGUAGCUCCACCAAGGUAGAGAACCCCCGAGGCAGCCAACGGGCCCUGAAGAACAAGGCUGUGACCAACCGCAACAAGGGAGAAGGAAAACUCCGACCGGAGGACAUCACACAGGUCCAGCCACAGAAACUCACCCUCAGCCUCAGAUCGGGUGAACCCCAAUCUUUUAACCUGAAGUUCAAACGGGCCGAGGAUUACCCCAUUGACCUCUACUACCUGAUGGACCUGUCCUACUCCAUGAAGGACGAUCUGGAAAACGUCAAGAACCUGGGAACACAUCUGAUGCUGGAGAUGUCAAAGAUCACGACUGAUUUUAAAAUCGGUUUUGGUUCCUUUGUAGAAAAGACAGUGAUGCCUUACAUUAGCACCACCCCAGCCAAGCUGCUGAAUCCCUGUACUGGGGACCAGAACUGCACAAGUCCCUUCAGCUACAAGAACGUCCUAAAGCUGACCAGCAAUGGACAGGAGUUCAAUACCCUGGUGGGACAACAGCAGAUCUCUGGAAACCUGGACUCACCAGAGGGAGGCUUCGAUGCCAUCAUGCAAGUGGCUGUGUGUGGUGAGCACAUUGGCUGGAGGAACGUCACCCGUCUGCUGGUGUUCUCCACUGACGCUGGCUUCCACUUUGCUGGAGACGGGAAACUGGGAGGGAUAGUUUUGCCCAACGAUGGGAAAUGUCACCUGGAGAACAACAUGUACACAAUGAGCCACUACUAUGACUACCCCUCCAUCGCUCACCUGGUUCAGAAACUUAGCGACAACAACAUCCAGACGAUCUUUGCCAUCACAGAGGAGUUCCAGCCUGUUUACAAGGAGUUAAAGAAUCUCAUUCCUAAAUCUGCAGUGGGGAUACUCUCUGCUAACUCCAGCAACGUUAUCAACCUCAUUAUUGAUGCCUACAAUUCUCUUUCCUCAGAGGUGAUUCUGGAGAACAGCAAGCUACCAGAGGGAGUGACCAUAAUGUACCAGUCACGCUGCAAGAACGGAGUGACUGGUGAGGGAGAGAUGGGAAGAAAAUGCUCUAAUAUCUCAAUCGGUGACGAGGUGUCUUUCACCAUAAGCAUCACAGCUAAGCAGUGUCCUAAAAUGGGCAAACCAGAGACCAUCAAGAUCAAACCCCUAGGGUUCAAUGAGGAAGUGGAGAUCACUCUGAACUUCAUCUGCGAGUGUGACUGUCACAAAGAUGGCAUUGAGAACAGUGACAUCUGCCACAACGGCAACGGGACAUAUGAAUGUGGAGCCUGCAGGUGCAAUGAGGGCCGUAUUGGCAGACAGUGUGAGUGCAGCACCAACGAGGUGACCAGCGAAGACCUGGAUAAGAGCUGCCGUAAAGACAGCGGUACAGACAUCUGCAGCAACAACGGAGACUGUGUGUGUGGAACCUGUGAGUGCAAGAAGAGAGAGAACCCAGAGGAGCGCUACAGCGGGAUGUUCUGCGAGUGUGACAACUUCAACUGUGACCGCUCCAACAACAAACUCUGUGGAGGACAUGGUCACUGUGACUGCAGGGUGUGUAUAUGUGAUGCCAACUGGACAGGCAGUGCCUGUGACUGUUCUCUGGACACCACGACCUGCCUGGCUUCCAACAAGCAGAUCUGUAACGGACGAGGCAACUGUGAGUGUGGCACCUGCAAGUGUACUGACCCAAAGUUCCAGGGCCCCAGCUGUGAGAUCUGUCCUACCUGUCCAGGGGUCUGCGUAGAACACAAGGAGUGUGUUCAGUGCAGGGCCUUUGGGACGGGGGAGAAGAAGGACACGUGUGAGAGAGACUGUAGCUACUUCAACCUGAUCAAGGUGAAGGACAGGGACAAGCUGCCUCAGCCAGGACAGGCCUUCCCCCUGAUGCACUGUAAGGAGAGGGAUGCCAACGACUGCUGGUUCUACUACACCUACGCUGUCAACAAGACAGAGAAGGACGUCCAUGUGGUGGAAACACUAGACUGUCCUGCGGGCCCUGACAUCAUCCCCAUCGUGGCUGGCGUGGUGGCGGGCAUCGUCCUGAUUGGCCUGGCUUUGCUUCUCAUCUGGAAGCUGCUCAUGAUCAUCCACGACAGGAGAGAGUUCGCCAAGUUUGAGAAGGAGAAGAUGAAUGCUAAAUGGGACACGGACAAUGACCCAACCCACACAUCCAGGCUGUGUAAGGGCUAUUUGACCAAGAAGGAGAGUGAUGGAGUGCUGCAUCAGAUGACCUGGCCUCUACAAUCACCCGACCUUAACCCAAUUGAGAUGGUUUGGGAUGAGUUGGACCGCAGAGUGAAGGAAAAGCAGCCAACAAGUGCUCAGCAUAUGUGGGAACUCCUUCAAGACUGUUGGAAAAGCAUUCCAGGUGAAGCUGGUUGAGAGAAUGCCAAGAGUGUGUAAAGCUGUCAUUAAGGCGUGGUGGCUACAUUAAGGCAAAGGGUGGCUACUAAGAAUCUAAAAUAUAUUUUGAUUUCUUUAUCCCUUUUUUUGUUACUACAUGAUUCCAUAUGUGUUAUUUCAUAGUUUUGAUGUCUUCACUAUUAUUCCACAAUGUAGAAAAUUGUUUUAAAAAAUUAAGAAAAAACGUUGAAUGAGUAGGUGUGUCAACUUUUGACUGGUACUGUAUAAAAGGGGCAUGUACCCAGCACUGUAAGAUGAUUUUCAAAUGGAGAUGAUCAACCUGUGGGGCGGCAGGUAGCCUAGUGGUUAGGGCGUUGGACUAGCAACCGGAAGGCUGCAAGAUCAAAUCCCUGAGCUGACAAGGUAAAAAUCUGUCUUUCUGCCUUUGAAUAAGGCAGUUAACCCACUGUUCCUAGGCCGUCAUUGAAAAUAAGAAUUUGUUCUCAAGUGACUCGCCUAGUUAAAUAAAGGUACACAUUUGUAAAAACUCGUGAGUCUUGGAUCCUGAUGUAGAAAAACCCCUUUUUCAGGGGAUUCAUUUUUUCACUUCUUUGUCAUAUCAUUGUUUCAUUCCUUCUCAUUUGUCUUCACCCAUGCUUUUAAUUUCAUUCUCUGUUUCCUGUUCUUAAUUGUCUGUCCCACUCUCUCAACCCAUAGCAAGAGAAUCCCAUUUACAAGAGCCCCAUUAAAAAGUUCCAGAAUCCAAACUAUGGACAUAAAGCUGUGGUUCUAUAAGUUUGUGUUUACUUUCCCUCUCCUCUGUUUUCCUGCAUGGGUUUCCUGUUUGUUUAUAUGUAUGUUUGUCAACUUACUGUAAACUGUCACUUCUUCAUCCAUCUCAUUAUUUCUGUCUUUCAUUUGGUCUCUUUGAGCCAAAUAAGACAGUUGAUGAAACUGUGCAGAAAGAUCCAUAUGAGGGGAUAUUAAAACCCACAAUAUCUAUUGUUUUGUUAGUCAACACAAGCUGUCCUGUCUGUUAGUAGUUUAAAUGGAGGUAAGUAUUAACAGGUGGUCACGUGUAGGCCCAGUACACUUCAGUUUAAGUCUAGUAUUUAUAUCAUAUUUAAAGCUACAGUAUGAUGGAAAUGGCAUGUUGUGACUGUGACGUUUGUUGAUAUCUCUUCUAAAAGUCUUCCCUGGAUGACAACACAAAUGCUCACUCACAAUGACAGCAACGUAUCCAGGUGAUAGCAUGAUCAGUUGGAAAGAU